AUGGAAAAUGUUGAAAAAUGGAAAUAUGUUUAUCAAAUAAGGUUAUCAUUAGAAAGGGAAUUGGGGAAGGAUGUAUUUGAAUGUAAAAAGGUGCUGAGUCUAAUUCAAGAAGCUGGUCUGAUGAAAAUUGUAACAGGUUAUGGGAAGUGCUAUGUGAUGCUGAUCAAAGAAUUUAUUAUGAACAUCUCCAAAGAGUGUGACAACAAAAGGAGCAAGGAAUUUAGAAAAGCGUAUGUUAGAGUUAGAUGUGUGGAUUUUUCUCCUGAAAUAGUCAACAGAAUUGGAGCUGCUAAUUGGGUUCCUACCAAUCACACCUCCAAUAUAGCUACUGGGCUAGGUAAGUUCAUCUACAUUGUUGGGACCAAGUCAAAUUUUGAUUUUGCGGCUUAUGUUUUUUAUCAGACUAUGAAACAUGUUGCAUCUUAUCCUGUUAAAUUGCCAAUAGCUUUUCCCUAUUUGAUUUGUGGAGUUAUCCUGAGUCAACACCCUAGCAUAUUGAUCAAUUUUGACAGUACUUGCAAAAUGGACCCUUCUCUCUCAUUGCAUUAUAGACUGUUCACUAGGAAACAUGUCCCAGACAUUGUCAUGACAUCUGGACAUACUUCUUCAAGGUCCACUGACAGAACAAUCAUUCUUACUGAGCUGGAAGACACCUGUAAGACUUUGGAUGAGAAUAUAAAGAAUUAUACUGAAAGUAAAUGCAAACUUGAAAUGUUAAUUAAGGCUCUUUCUGAAGAGGAAGGUGGUGAGAAAGCUGAUAGAACUGAUGAUGAAAAGGAUAAUAAAGACAGAACUACUACUAGUGAUGAGGAAGAGACUAACAGUGAUGAAGAUUAA